UCUGCGCCCCUGGGCGCCGGGGUCACGUCAGCAGAGGGAAUGGCCUGUGUGGCUUUGGGUUGGGCAGACCUACGUGACCUCUGAGCUCAUACCUUUACCAGAGGGGCGGGCCACCGGCCUCGACGAGUGCUCAGGGACACGGCGGUUCCGGGCAGUACGCGGGUUCUCGGGGGAGAGCCUGGUGCAAGGAACCGCCUUGUAGGGAAGUCGUCCCAAAUCCAGGUUCUAGAAAAGCCGACGGCAGCCCCGGGGGCGGGGGAGGCUGCGUGUGUUACUGAACAGACGAAGGGCUGAUGUGAGGCAAGAUCAGCUGUGAUCUAGCGCCUGUGCCACCCUGCUUGGCUGGAAAGAGACUCCCGCUGUCGCCUUAAACCAGGAGCUCCAGUGCCUGUUGGGUUUUGGCCUUAACCAGUUCACAGUGUGGAGUUUCUUGUGCCGCUGCUGUGGGCCCAGCGCAAUGACUCAGUAGCAGGCCCUGCAGAUCCGGCGGCGGAGGAGCCCGGCGCUGAAGGAUGAACGGAGAGGAGGAGUUCUUCGAUGCCGUCACAGGCUUUGAUCCCGAUAACUCUCCUGGGGAAUUUUCAGAGGCAAAUCAGAGAGUCACGGGCGUGAUUCACGUGGACACCAGCAAAAGUAAUGGGAUUGGAAAAGUUGGGGAGAGGCCUCCUCAAGAGAAUGGAGUUCAGAAGCACAGGACGUCGCUGCCUGCCCCGAUGUUCACCAGAAGCGACUUCAGCGUGUGGAGUAUAUUGAAAAAGUGCAUCGGCUUGGAGCUGUCCAAGAUCACCAUGCCCAUCGCCUUCAACGAGCCCCUGAGUUUCCUGCAGCGGAUCACGGAGUACAUGGAGCAUGUGUACCUCGUUCACAAGGCCUCCCGCCAGGCCCAGCCCCUGGAGAGGAUGCAGUCUGUAGCGGCCUUUGCGGUUUCGGCUGUGGCUUCCCAGUGGGAGAGGACCGGCAAGCCCUUCAAUCCGCUCUUGGGAGAGACGUACGAGUUGAUCAGGGAAGACCUGGGGUUCAGGUUCAUCUCGGAGCAGGUCAGCCACCACCCCCCGGUCAGCGCGUUCCACUCGGAGGGCCUCCGCCGGGACUUCCUGUUUCACGGCUCCAUCUACCCGAAGCUCAGGUUCUGGGGCAAGAGCGUGGAGGCGGAGCCGCGCGGCACCAUCACGCUGGAGCUGCUCGAACAUAACGAAGCCUACACCUGGACCAACCCCACCUGCUGCGUCCACAAUGUGAUCAUCGGGAAGCUCUGGAUAGAGCAGUACGGGACAGUGGAAAUCGUGAACCACAGAACUGGAGAUAAGUGUGUGCUUCACUUUAAGCCAUGUGGAUUGUUUGGAAAAGAACUUCACAAAGUGGAAGGAUACAUUCAAGACAAAAACAAAAAGAAGCUUUUUAUGAUUUAUGGCAAAUGGACGGAGUGUUUGUGGGGCAUAGACCCUGCUGCGUACGAGUCCUUCAAGAAGCAGGAGAGGAGAGGCGACUCCCUGCGGAAGACAAAGCCGGACGACGGCCCCGAGAAGGCUGACGGCGACGUGGUGGACGCCGUGCCGGAGGCUCAGGAGACGGUGCAGGUGGUUCCAGGCAGCAAGCUACUGUGGAGGGUCAACUCCCGGCCCCCCGACUCCGCCCAGAUGUACAAUUUCACCAGUUUCACGGUGAGUCUCAACGAACUGCAGACGGGCAUGGAGAAGAUCCUGGCCCCCACCGACUGCCGGCUGCGCCCCGACAUCCGCGGCAUGGAGAACGGCAACAUGGAUCUGGCGAGCCAGGAGAAGGAGCGGCUGGAAGAGAAGCAGCGGGAGGCGCGGAGGGAGCGGGCCAGGGAGGAGGCCGAGUGGCAGACGCGGUGGUUUCACCGAGGCAGUAACCCGUACACCGGGACCCCUGACUGGCUGUACGCGGGGGGCUACUUCGAGAGGGAUUUCUCAGGCUGCCCAGACAUCUACUGAGAGACCAGACUGGCCCCCGGACCCAGAGACCCCAGAGGUUGGACUCCGUCAAGUGGCUGCUCCGAGUGUCGGUCACAGCAGCAACCAGCUCUUCUAACAACUGUUUGUGGAGAUCGCACCGUCCCUGGUUGAGGAUCUGAUUCUAAUUAACUUUUGAUUGCCAGACACGUCACUACUGUUGCAGUCUCUCCAUAAAGCUUCACUUGGGGUCGUCAUGUUUCCAUUCAGGUUUAGAAAGGAAAAUUCUUCACGUUUCCCUUUUACGUGACAGGACGAGCUGGGGCUGGUUUAGCUCACAGCACCCUCUUAACUACAAAAGCUAUAAAUAAAGGAAGUAACAGGAAAGGGUCCAUGUUCCUCCUCAUAACGCAGUGGCACAGGGGCCCUGAAAGUGUCUUAAAUUUGAACCAGUAACAGGAAAAGAUGGAUUUUGAAAAAAAGUCCUGCCAAGAGCUUUAUAAAGGCCAGGAAUUGCUUUCUAGAUUACGGUAAUAACACAAAAGUGAAGAUUUUCACAGCAUCUGAUUGAAUGAACUGAAAAGUUGUCAGAUUCUGUAUUUUUUACCAACCUUCAAUAAUGUAAAGAUUACUUUUAAAAUAUUUAAGUUCAAACUACUUGAAUAAUAUUUUGCUGAAGAGCGAGAUAGACGUUAACACCACGUGUACACUGUCCACAAUGAAGCAUUACCAUGACAACAAGGGUGGCCGGAAACCUUGGCAGGACCCCCAGGCGAUUCCCAGCCCUGCCGGGAGCCCGCCUCUGGCCCCCAGGCCCCCCCAUCACUGCAGGCCACGCCCAGGCCACGGAGUGAGUCUCUCACGACCAUCGGCCUGUCCCCGCAGCACUCGUGUCCCUGUCCUGCAUGUGUGAAACACGAGGGACCCGCCUCUGGGGGCACCAAGGGGUCUGAGAAGUCUGCAUCCAGCUGCGUCGUUACCGUUGUGUGUCCACCUCCGCGCACGUCUACACCCGGUGACUGUUUACUUUCUGUAGAGACGCCCACACCACUGGUCGUGGCGGAGCUCUUGGAAUCGAAGACAGUCUGCCGUGUGCACGCACACACGUGCACACCUGUACGCAGCGGCAGGCUCUCAGAGGGGUGUCGGCACUGUGUGUCCCAGCUUCAAAAUCACAUUUGUAAUUAAAACACUUUCAAAAGCGAAUCCUUGUUCUGAAGGCUUG